CAUACGCCCUUUGUGAUGCGGGAUUACCUGAUAUUCUGGUGUUGCGAGUUAAACAAUUUGCAUGAGUUGCUUUUAAAGGGCUACCUAGAGUAAGUAAAAGGCUUGGCUAGAAUGACUCUGUUGUGUAACAGAAAUGUGGUUUGACUUAUUUUAUUCCUGAUUCUAUUAGGGAACUUUCCAUGUGAGUGGUGCAUCAAAGCUCAGAGUCUAACUUAAUUUGAUGUGCUCGAGCCAAGGCCUUGCCAUCACCCAGCGUCCUCUAUGGCCUACGCCCACACAAGACUUUGAAGAAAUCUGAUCUGAAAAACAACCUGAUAUCGAAGCCAAAACUAAUUACCCAUGGGCUACUGACUGUUCAUGCUUCAAAGUCAAGGGAAUGAUGCAUCAGUAACUGUUGCUGAUGUUUUUUUUUAGGUGAUCACACGUAGAUGAACACGGUCUUGUUGACUAUAUAAAGGGUGAUUGCUGCUAUAAUAGACAAUCUGUUUUCAACUCUAGAGGGCAUACAAACCUUUGUCAGAUACUUUACAUGAAUAUUUUUUAUCAGACUCAAUAAGAGAGGGUUUCUUUGGACAAAUAAAGUCAUCAUAUUCAAUGGCUUUACAGGAGCUGUGCAAUUUCCAGGAUAUCUUUCAGGAUAGUAUAACCACCUUAUGUUCUUCAGUGCCUUUUGGAAGGAAGACUGGUUGUGACUAUGUGAGCGGGUUGCCCUUUAGCAACAGGACAAAUCUGUUUAAUUUUUUUACACCAGUGGCAGAGUACCUGGAUGAAAGUCCAAUACAGUUUGGGCAAAUCAGCACAAUCCAGAGCUCCAGUGCCAUCUCAUCUCAGGACUCCAUUUUAUCAUCCCUCGCUGUGCCCACAAGCCUUCCUCUGGCCUCCUCUCAGUCUGUCCCUCUGCCUUUUCCCAUGUCUCAUGGCACCACCACCCUGGCUUUCAUGUUUCAGGGCGGCGUGCUGGCUGCAGCAGACACUCGGUCCAGUUGCUCUGGGCUCGUGGCGUGCCCAGCCUCCCAGAAGAUCCUGCCCAUCCACAGUCACUUGGUGGGUACUACAUCAGGUACUUCAGCUGACUGUGCCCUUUGGAAACGGAUUCUGGCCCGAGAACUGCGGCUCUACCAACUCCGCCAUGGUCGACGGUUGUCCACAAGUGGAGCAGCCAAAUUGCUAUCUCACAUGCUUCACCCGUUCAAGGGAACUGAGCUGUGUGUGGCUGCCACGUUGUGCGGCUGGGAUGGAGGAGAAGUAGAUGGAGGUGCAAAGACUGAUCUCAGUGGUCGUAGAGAAACAACAAAGAGUCAAAUGACUGAUCUUGAAAAGACCUCUCUGGCAGAGACAAAGACUCAGAGCUCUGCUUCAAUAACUGGUGGACAACAGUGCUCUGCCAGAAAGAGAGUGAGUUUAUCUGGACCCAGUCUGUGCUAUGUGUGCAGCGAUGGUACUCGCCUGCAGGGAGCGCUCUUCUCUGUGGGCUCGGGAUCACCCUAUGCCUACUCAAUUUUGGACCAAGGGGUUCGAUGGGGACUGACAGUGGAUGAGGCCACAUCAAUAGCCAGAGAGGCUGUGUACAGAGCGACACACAGGGACGCAUACUCGGGAAACUGCGUAGACGUCUAUCACAUCUCCUCAAAAGGAUGGAUUCGCAGGAGCAGAGAGGAUUUGAAAGAGGAAUAUUACAGAGAAAAGGAAAGACAAGAGAGAAGGGAGAGACAGGACGUGACUCCGCCUGAGUAAAGACAUGAAACAAACAAAAAUGGCAUGAGAAAAGAAAGGCAAACAUCGGGGAGUAUUCUGGAGAGAGACGUGACGGCAUCUUUGCAGCAGAUACUAAAUUAAUGAACAGGACAGGCAGUUGCAUCCUCCAGGCUAUUUCUCAAAUGAUUUGUGCAUGCAUAUCGUUCCCUCUAAUAAACAGCUGAUGUUUUGUUUGCGCUGAUGAUAAAAUAUAUUCUAUAACAGCACACUGCUGGCUGGCAUUUUGAUUUAGACAUUAAAGCGCUAUGAAUCACUUCAAGUAUGAGAGAUAAUUACAGCCUACUCCUGCAUAUGUUUGAAUCACAUAGACACACAGAGAAGCAGGAAAAGUGAACAGUCCAAAAAUCUAAAUGCCUGCAGACUGAAGGUCGUAAUGUAUUGCCAUGUAUAAGGGAACUAAUUUAGCCGUAGCAAUAAACAGCAAGGAGUUGAAAACUGAUUUGUGUCCGCUGUCAGAAUUCGUCUGAAGUUUCUUUGACACUUCAAUAAAUUAAUGAAUAAAAGACAUUUUGCUGAACUUGCCUGUUCAUUCUGUUUGAGCAGCCUGGUAGUAAAUUAAGCAUACUAGUAAUUAUUCAAGUGACAAAGGCUGCAAAGGAUAUUAGGGCAAAACGUAUAGAGCCGUUCAUCCUCAUCCUCACUGCCUUUUCAAACUUCAGUGGAGGCAGCCAAAGUGCGGCGGUGAAAGUUUUCAAGGGUGAGACAAUUUACCAUAUGGGAGGACACUUUAUAGCAUAAGGACUAUGCUACAACAUGUCAGAAAGUUGGAGUGGGACUUAAGGUUGUGGUUCUACAUGCUGAUAUGAUGAGCUAUUUUUACAAAGUGACAGAGUUCGUAAUGGCUGAUGUGUGUGUGUGUAUACAUAUCUCUAUCUUUUAUAUAUUCCAAUAAACUACAGGCAGGAUUGUGUGAUGAGGCUGAGCACAUCUCCAGUGCAACAUCAGAGAGCUGAGUGUCUUCUCAAGCCUACACUAAUAGUACUAUAUAAGUGACUGCAGCUUUGAGAGGGGAAAGCCUCCCUUCUUCCCCAACCUCAUCCAUAAUUUCCAUCCUCGGAAAUUCAUUAAUGACAGAAUUAUUGAGAGAGUGAAAAACAAAACAAAACCAAUUUGGUGGUCCAGAUUUGGAAGCUUGCAGGGACAGACGAGUUCAGACAGCGAACAAGGACGGAAUCGUGGUUGUAAUCAAAGUUUUGAGCCUUCGAGAAGAGCUGUGAUUCAGUGGGCGUUAAGGCUUCCUUUGCUUGGCCUCUUUAAAGCUUUUUGUUCAGUUUUUGCUGUUUCUAGUGCUCACAUGCAGACCCCAGAUGAGAGCAGGGAAGAAGUGAAAUGUCAUAGACCCUGCCUCCUAAGAUAUAUCAGUACAUCUGGGGUUUUUUUUACCAUUCGUCUAAAAUAACUUAUGACCCAAACAGCCAGAAAUUUGCCAAAAAAAUAGCUUGACAGCCCGCUCUCACAGUCAGAACAUGUUUUACACUUGUAAAUUUGUCCCUGUGUGCUCUCAGCAGACUGAUUACAGCUUGGCUUUUGUCUUGCUCAGUAGUUUUGGCAUUAAUAAACAUCCGUACUGGGUACAAGGGAUCUGAAGAGCGACCUUAGGGUUGCAAGUUACUUUCUAGUCACAUCAGUGAACACUUGUCUCACCACCACUUGCUUAAAGGCUCGCUUGUUUCUCAUUCAGGAGACAGAACUCAAGACAGAUCAAGAAACAUCGAUGUGCAAAGCAAGACUGCACUCUGUACUUUUUACAGUACUGAGACGCUCAAAGCAUGUGUUUCUGCUGCUGUGCUGAAAGUGCUGUUAUCUUUUUUGCCUAAUUAAAAACAUCUAAAACAUUUGGGCAAGAAACAAACAUAUUCUAUUCCAGGAGGUAUGAGAUAAAAUAUGUAAAAAUAUCACAUUGUCUAAUAUUUUUAGGGCAAUCUCAUGUUACCCUAAUUCCCAAACAGAUACAUAUGGCUUAAUAUUUAGAUCAUGGACAUCCAAAAGACUACAAAUAUAUGAAACAAUUUUGUUUUGAACAUUCAUCCUUGAGUUCUGGAUUAGUAAAUCCACAUUCAUAUUGUCUUUUUAGAAGUUUCUUUUUUUCCUGAGACAAGGAAUUGAGAUUGCUCAUUAAAAUCAGCUUAAAGUCAAGACUUAAUGAGAGACUGCAUUACAUAAAUGUACUGUAUUUUAAAGUGAUCAUCAAUUUCUAAGAAAAAAAACUCACAUCAAGAACAAUCCUUCAAAUCACUGGAGAAGAUGUCCUAUCAAAGUGGGAGGAAAGGGGGUAAUUAUAAUCAUAUAUUGCGACAUGUUUUUAGGGAGUGGGAGAGCACUAAUGGUGAAAUUUCAUCUUUUAAUGCAUCCUUGAGUAGCAAUUUUCUGGUCCAGCUUCUGGGUGGAACAACUAGGAAAAUGCUAACUUACUGAGGAUGAUUAUGCAGACUGGCUGUAUUAAAGCAGAUUACAAAACACUGCUUCAAGGAAACGAUACAGCCUAACCAGAAAAUAUUGAAGGGGCUUAAACGAUUUAUGUGUUGAUGGAAAAAGCUGUGAUAAUAAAUGGGAUAAUUAGUAACCAAAGCUGGGAUUUUGAAGACAAAAUGAGACAACCCAAAAUGGCAAUUAUCAUUAAUAUCAGUGUGGAUAUCAGCAGUGUCUGUGUGGUACUGUGUAUCCUCAGAAAUCCUAUGCUUUUAGGGUUUACCAUAGGGUAAACAGAGCUAGUUAGAACUAAUGGAGAGAGAGAAAGAGAGAGAAAGUGUGAGAGAGAGGGAGGGAUAGACGGAGGAAGAGAGGGGGGGAGAGAGAGACUGGGCUA